GUCCGAGAGGUAUUGGCGCGAGUGAGGGCUUCGAAUAGAUAAAAAAUGGCGGAAGAUUACGAAACUGAGACUGAAACAGAAACCGGAGUUGAACAACAGUUCUCCGUUUGGAAGAGAAACACUCCUCUCUUAUACGAUCUUGUCAUAUCUCACCCUCUUCAAUGGCCUUCUCUCACCGUUCACUUUCUUCCCUCUCCUCCUCAACCCCACUCUCAUCCUUCCCUCAACCUCCACAAGCUUCUCCUCGGCACUCACACUGCUCAAGGCGAACCUAACUACCUCAUGCUCGCCGAAGCCUCCAUUCCUGCAAAUAUAUCUCAACCCAUCAUCGCUGAUGAUCCUGAAGACCCCAUUAUUCCCAAGGUAGAGAUUACUCAAAAGAUUCUUGUUAAUGGAGAGGUGAAUAGGGCGCGUUCUAUGCCACAAAACCCUAGUGUUGUUGCUGCGAAGACUUGUAAUGCUGAGGUAUAUGUGUUUGAUUUUACAAAGCAGCGUGGGGAUGGUUUUGAUCCUGAUUUCAGGUUGAAGGGUCAUGAUCAAGAAGGUUAUGGUUUGUCUUGGAGCACUUUAAAGAAAGGGCACCUUUUGAGUGGUUCUAAUGACCAUAAGAUUUGCUUCUGGGAUGUACAUGCUGAAUCUCAAAGCAAUGUUCUUGACGCUGUUCAUGUUUAUGAGGGUCAUGAAAGUCUUGUUGAAGAUGUGUCCUGGCAUUUGAAGAAUGAGAAUUUAUUUGGGUCUGGGGGAGAUGACUGCAAGCUGAUAAUUUGGGACUUACGGACAAACAAAGCCCAACAUUCACUCCAACCCCAUGAAAGGGAGGUGAACUUUGUUUCUUUCAAUCCGUAUAAUGAAUGGAUUUUGGCUACAGCUUCUUCGGACACCACAGUUGGUCUCUUUGAUAUACGGAAGCUUGAUGUUCCACUACAUUUUCUAAGUGGCCAUACAGAUGAGGUAUUCCAGGUAGAGUGGGAUCCUCAUCACGAGACCGUGUUGGCAUCUUCUAGUGGUGACAGAAGGCUGGUGGUUUGGGACCUUAACAAGAUUGGGGAUGAGCUAAUAGAAGGAGAUGAUGAGGGGGGUCCUCCUGAACUACUCUUCUCUCAUGGGGGUCACAAAGGAAAAAUAUCAGAUUUUUCAUGGAAUCAAAACCAGCCAUGGGUAAUCUCAAGUGUAGCUGAGGACAAUUCUUUCCAUGUCUGGCAUAUGUCUGAAAACAUUUACAAUGAUGGUGAUGAUGAUGAUGAUGACACUUGGAUGGGCAGUGACCAGCACUAACUAGAAGAAGGCUCAGAGUCCACAUUUUUACAGCCAUUGCUUUGUUGCUUUGUAUGGAUUGGAUGUUUUAUCACCAUUUUUUGUUUGUUAUAUAUGAAUGUAUUGCGACUGUUGAAACAAUGAUGGCAUCAUAGUAUCAUCAUAUUCAGAACUCAGAAGCUUUCAUAACCAGAACAGAUGUAUAAUACUUAAAAUUAUUGGUUCAACAAGCUAAAGUAACAAAGCUAGGGAAAAGAAAUUUGGCAUAUCA